GGUAUACCUCUGUAUAAACCGGUUGUAGUACAUAUAUACGGAGACGGUGCGUAAACAGAGGAGCGUUACGAAAAUAAUGUAGGAGUGCGGCUCGUGCCGGGCUUCUUUUCCUUGGCACGAUGAAAACGUUUCUGGCGCCUGACAGUAAACGAAUUCCAAGCAAGGGGCAGAUGUAACGUAGUAUCAUAAGCGCGCGAUUCUCUUCAGUUUACUUAAUGGUUUAAACAUUCAACUACGCGCAAGCCUGUUAACUCUAAUAAUCCCAUUCUUCCGAUAAUACCAAGUCCAUCGUUCAGUUUUAAGUGUAUUUAAAAGAUAAUGAGCAAACACGAUUAAAGUCAUUCAAGACGAAGGAAACUUCGACCUUCUGUGGAGUGAAGUGGUAUUGCUGAUAUAAAUAACGUUGUUUUAUUACAAUCUGCGAGUGUUAAUUUUAAGAGGCGCACGAACGAAAGCCAUUAAACGAGUUAUGUAUCGCGCGAGCAAUCUCGUUGAAUCAUGAAAGAUCCAAGUUAUGUGCGUUACACGCUUAUGCAAUAUCACGUAACGCCUUCACCCUGAACUCGCGCACGCUGAAUGAAAUUAUUGUACGAUAAAAGCUUCCUGAGAAUGAAUAGAAAUCGGAAGCAACAGACUAGACGCGUGUGUUCUAUCAGUUUGAUGUUUCCUCGGCUUCAUCCCUCGGCUUCUCACGGCAGGCUUUUAAAACACGGCAUUAUCUUUGAACUAGCCAUUACAUGUUACGUACACACGUUCGUAAAUACAAGGCAAACGUUUGCACUUUGAUAAGUGGAACAUGGUGAAAAAAUAUUUGCACAGCCGAUGAAUACCGGUGUUACUUGAAUUUGGAGCAUAGGCGAUUACACGGAGAAUGGCCAGCGAGAAUUUCUUCACGCCCCAGAUUAAUCGACAAGUGGCCGUGGUUCAAUUACCGCUUGUGGAUCGGAAUGUGCGCUCACGAAGCAAGUCACAAGCGAAACGCACGGAACGUAAUGCUCGUGGGUCAACACGCAUGAGCGGUACGUAAACGCACGGGGAAGACAAACAGAAGCAGGACCGAUGGCGAAGAGAAGGAGGAAGGGAGACAGAGGAGCGUUCAGAUGAAGACAGCAAUAGGAAACGAGAGAGAUGAGAUCGUAUUCGUGUUGAUGGUUGUGGCUGUCACUGCGUAUAAGAAAGGAAGAAGAUACAGUGACUUGGAAGAUUUUCCGCCUUAUCAAGAGACUGGUUGGCAUCCAUCUUCUUCUCACGGGCAACAUCAUUCAUUUCGAGAGCCAUCGUUUAAAACGCAAUACUACCAAUCUUACCGACAUCGACCCUAUAGACGGGAUUUGGAUUCUUUUCCGGAGCAACUGUCUCUCAAGGACCGAUUGUUGUUGCGAGAUUACGAAUUACUGAGAAAUCGACUAUUUUACGAUAACAGUUCGUCUUUUAAGAAUGCCCCGGACUUCCAUAGACAAUCAUCGGUCUUUACGAAUGGAACACCGUUUAGGAAUCAACAAAACAAAGAUCAGACGGUUUCUGGAAAUGAACAGCGACCUGAAUAUCAAGACGAUCGAUAUUCCUCUUACCGGCAAUCUUUCCGCGAUGAUUUUCGAUUUGCGGACCUGUACGAUAAACCGAUUGACUUUUACAAAGGACAAUCGGGACAGCAACAGGUCGAUUCAGUUGGUAGAGAUUCGGAGUAUUUGAAGCAUGGUAACCAUGGUCUUGGAUAUGUGUCCGUGCCACCCAUUUCGCCGUAUGGAAACGCUCUGCCAUUGAACGAGGAAGCAUCCACGACGAUGACACCCUCAAUGGCUCCGACAACCACCCACAAACCAUGGCAACUGUCUACUGUCUCCUCCGCAACUUCAGCUACCACCCAAGUUCAUACAUCUACAACUUCCGAGCUGAAAAUGGAUUCGCACUCGAAUACGGCGACAAUGCCAACCGUGAAAUCCGAUACGCUGGCUGACGUUGCUACCACGAGCGUAUCCGCUUCAACGAUUUCUACGAUACCAGCCUCUAUGGUUACCACGAAACAGUCUUCGAACUUGGCUCGUUUACCGACCACCGAAGCUAGCUUGCCUGUCAUGGACACGGAAUCUCCAAUCAUAUCUUUCGGACGACAAACUGUACCUCCAAUUGUAUUUCAACCGACUACGUUCACUUCACCGACGCCCUAUUAUUCCUUCAAUGAGUUAAAGGACAAGUUCCAGCAGUCCAUGCUUGAUUAUCUGCUAUCCCAACAGGCGAAAGGUGGUAUCAAAAGUAACGUGCAAAUUCUGCCGCUGAACCAAGCACUUCCAGAUACGUCGAACAACAGCCUGAACAACAAGAUCCCUAGCAUGGUAUUGAAUUACAUACUUCCAGAAGAAUCAAAGGGCGUUCUGAAGAACAAUUUGCAGAGUUCUCUGUUGAGCUAUCUGCUGCAGCAGGAAUCGAACCAUGGUGUACCACCUUUCCAACAAUCAUCUCUAUCGGAAACUGCGAACCAUGUUCCAUUAACCACGAUAGUCGAGAGGCCAACGAUGACACUCCCAAGUAUACCGAUUGCAACAUUGUCAGCGGUUUCUCGGCCAAUGCAGACGAUAAACUACAUUCCAAUAACGCCGCCAAGAGUGUCUGCUUUCGUGCCUCAAGAUUCGUCCGCGUCUUCUGGCCUCUCGUUAGGUACACCUCUGUCUUCUGGCUUGUCCUCGAACAUAUUGAGUAAUCAUAUCGGCAGCACAUUCAACGGUCUACCUGGUGGAAUAAACACCGACAUAUCGGCAGGAAUACCCAACAGCCUCUCAUCGGACGUUCCCACUGGUGUAUCAACUUUGAACUUUGGCGAAAAUUUUCAAUAUGGAGGGCAGUUGCGACCGUUUGAACCGGCCAGGACUCGCUCAUAUUCCACAGGGUUGCAGUUACAAUUAGGCGGCUUCGGAGGGAUAGAUUACACCUUGCGUUCAACUAGUCCUACUUUACGUUCCACGAACCUCGACAUUGGAAAAUUGGGAUUAAGUUUGCCAGAAUUGCCGCGAUAUCAACUUCCUGCUUUCUCUAAGGCAGGCUAUUUCAGAGAUCACCGGCCCAUAUCUUUCUUCUUACCACUAUAGGAAGCAUUCACUGUUUGAGGGAUAUUCGUAAAAGUCAGCCCGAACCGAUUUCGUUGUAGAUUCAAUUUGGCCAACGUUCGUACUCACUGGCCCAUGGACCAUUCUCACCGUGAAUUGCACUGAUUCGAACAAAUACCACGAGGACAGCCGACUUUUCGUCUUCUAUCGAUCUCUAAAAAUCUGCAGAGGCAAGUGUUUUCUACACUGGAAAGAUACGAAAAUGAAUUUAAUGUCUUGCCACUUACCUUCCGCUAUAUUCUUCCUUCGUAAAGCUAGAACUUGUAAAAUGAAAACUCGUCUUCAAUUUAUACUAUAUUUUAUUAAUUUCGACAAGUGUCCAUGUAUUCGAUUUGUCUUAUCUCUGAUUAAUCGUGUAUGUAUGUGUCCCGUGUGUUUCAUUCGCUUGUGAAUAUGUAUAGGUAUUGCCAUCGGUACAUACAGCGUUCUGAAUAUUCA